ACACAUUUGACGUUUACUCACUUCAGCAGUUUACCGGUAAUUUUGGCGCGUUUAUAGAUUUUUGUCAAUAGUUUAUUGGAUAGAUUCAGCUACAGUUCACGAUACUUACAUAAUUAAAAAAACGGAGAUAUGGGUCUCCUCGAACUUUGUGAAAAGUACUUCCAAACCACUAACUUAUACGAAGUUUUACAAAUUCCUGAAACUGCCUCAGACAAAGAAGUGAAGAAAGCAUACCACAAGUUGUCACUAAAAGUACAUCCCGACAGAGUUGAGGAAGAUGAAAAGCUGGAAGCAACUGAAAAAUUUAAAGUGUUGGGAAGUAUUCAUGAGAUCCUUACUGACAAAGACAAGAGAUCCAUUUAUGAUGAAACAAAAUCUGUAGAUGAUGAUGACUUUAAUGUCAUUGUUGACAGAGAUUGGGGUAUAUACUGGAGAUGUUUGUUUAAAAAAAUUACUGAUGAAGAUAUCAGGGCUUAUGAGAAGGAAUAUGUUGGCUCGGAAGUAGAAAGACAAGAUAUCAAACAAGUCUAUUUGACAGCCAAAGGUGACAUGAAUUAUAUAGUUGACCAUGUUCAGUUUGCAAGGACUGACCAAGAACCAAGAAUAAGAGAGAUUGUCAAUGAAAUGAUAAAAACUGGUGAAGUACCAGAGUAUAAAAUAUUUACUCACGAACCAGCUAGUCGCCGUCAAAAAAGAAUAGCAAAAGAGAAAAAAGAAGCUAAACUGGCAGAAGAAAUGCAGAAGGAACUAAAUCUGAGCUCAGGUCCAAACAGCUUGGAAUUAACAAUAAAGCAGAAGCAAAAAGAAAGGGCUAACCAGAUUGAUUCCUUUAUUGAAAAUUUAGCCGCAAAAUAUGGAGGCGGCAGCAAAAAAACAGCAACUAAAAGGAAAGGAACUCCUAAGACUGAAACAACAACCAAAAAUAAAAGAAGGAAAUAGAUCAACAAUAUUUUAAUAAAAAAUUAAAUUUUACAUUUCUUGUUUGAAACUAAAACAAAUCUUGUAUUUUUAGUAAAUAUGCCAACAGUAUAGUUCAAUUAGAAUGAAUUGUUUCUUGAACAAUCUCAUUACACUUGGAUGAAACAACACAAUUGUCAAUUUCCUGUAAGAAAUAACAUGAACAAAAUGGAUAUCCAAUUACUAUAGUUAAUAUUGUUAAUGUAUAAAGAUAAGUUGUUCUUGCCACACUUUGUGAGUUAAAUGUUUUGAAAU